CUUGAACCGUAAUCAAAAGUGAUUCACUCAGUAUUAUUAAGAUGGCGGCCUCUAUACACUCAUCCAUCGUUUUCUUUCUUCUUUUCAUCGUAUUUUCACUUUUUAUUAAUGAAAAAGCAUUUGCUGCCCAUAUGGAACACCGCAAAUUAUGUGGAUCAAGAGAGAUAAUGACCAUGAGGAGGAACUUGCAAGGCAAUGGGGCCGCCAAAAUUGGAGCUCAUCCGAGCAAGUCGGAUCAGGCUGGAUCAAAAACUCCAAAUGAGCCGUCCAAAGUCCAUCCUGAUCAAGCGACGCCCCAAGGGCAAAGAACUAUUUCAUAUAGCCCCCUCCAGCCUAAUUCUGUUCCAGCCUGCGGAGCCACCAGCUAUAAUAGUUGUAAAGGAAAGAUAAACGAAAAACCUCGGACAUGCGCCCUCUACAAAAGAUGUAAAAGACAGCCCCUUAGCUAAGGCACACUCGGGACUUGUCAAUAUGGAAUGCUUCAAACUCCAGCUGAGAUAUCUGUUUUCUUUUAAAAAGGUUGAAUUUCUGAACAAUUUGUUUUCUUUUUCCCUGAGAUAUCUUUUUUCUUUUAACAUUCCUGAGAUAUUUGUUAUUGAUAAAAUUAAUGUACAAUCUCCACAUGUUAUGACAUCUAUUCCUCCUCCAUCCGUAACAUACUUAUUCC